GUCCUUUUCUAUUAGAAUUAGAUCAUCCUGGAAGAUUCAGAGUUCAAUGAACGAAGAACGAAUAAAUGACUUCAAUUCCCGGCUCUUUUACGUCAAAACCGAAGGUGAUUUUAAUCCGCCACGUCUACAAAUUUAUAAUCCACGAUGAAUAACAGUCCGCCCUAUCAUCCGAAGUGCAGAGAUAACAGAGUGUAAGUGCAACAUCGCGAUGACUUGUUCCACUCUGUCCGAACGUCGUGCGUCGUGUCCUCUCUCUCGUGUCAUCUGUGCUCUUCGGCACGUGCGAAAGUACAAUGAAGUGUGUGCGGGGUCAACGUAACCUCAAAGCACAUCAUUAUGUAUAAUCGAGCCGCGACAGGCGGCCCGCGAGUGUUUUGAGGUCGCGUUUCGGGUCGGUCGCGCGAGUCGUCGUUCUCGUUCUCUUCAGUCGAAACGUCAACAUGACGUUCGCCAAUAUUUUGCUGCGGCUGGACGUCGGGACGAGAUUCACCGGAGUCCGACAUUUAAGUACAAAGCCAAACUUUGGUCUAAUUUUUGACAUUGAUGGUGUCAUAGUACGUGGAAGACAAGUAUUGCCACCAGUAAGAGAAUCUUUCAAGCGGCUUCAAGGAGAAAAUGGAAAAUUUCGCAUCCCUACACUAUUUGUUACCAACAGUGGAAAUUCAUUGCGCAGUCAGAAAGCAGCGGAUCUCUCAAAAUGGAUAGGUUUUGAAGUUGCGGAAUCUCAAGUUGUGCUGGCACAUUCACCAUUGCAGAUGUUCGAUUAUCUUCACAAUAAACAGGUUCUCAUAUCGGGUCAAGGUCCAAUAAAAGAUAUAGCCAGAGAACUGGGUUUUGAGAAGACCACAACCAUAGAGGAAUGUAAAAAUUUUCCGAGCUUAGAUUAUGUAAAUAUGAAGAAGAGAAAUCCAAUUUGCGGUCCAGUUGAUUCAAAUUUCCCGCAAAUCGAGGGGAUCGUGCUUCUAAGCGAGCCGAUAAACUGGGAAACGCCGUUGCAAUUAAUGGUAGACCUCCUAAUUACCAAUGGGAUGCCCACAGGAUUGCCUACUGCUGUUCCUUAUCCGCACAUUCCAGUGUUGGCAUGCAACAUGGAUUUGCUGUGGGCAUCGGAGGCGCCGAUUCCCCGAUACGGCCACGGCGCUUUCUUAUUGUGCCUCGAAAGCCUGUACAAGAAAGUCACAGGCAAAGACAUGACAUAUGCUGCUCUAGUCGGAAAACCUAGUGAGAUUACAUAUUAUCAUGCCAAUCAAAUGCUCGUAAAUCACGCUAGUAGCAUCGGAAUCGAGAACGUCGACACAAUUUACGCUAUCGGUGACAACAUCAAUACUGAUGUUUUUGGCGCGAAUUUAUACGACAAGUAUUUAUCCCAUUACGAAUCCGGAGAAGGUACUAAGUCUCGCAGCCUAGAGAAGCUCCUCGGAAAUAACGUGAAGUGUCCUGAUGCAAAGGCCUGCAUUAGUAUUUUAGUCGAGACCGGCGUGUACCAGCCAGAUUCCAAAUUCAGAACUGAUCAUAGUCCUAGGGAUUACCUGCCGGUUGACGAUAGUCUAUGCAAGCCGGCGUUCAUCGUGAAGGAUGUCGGGCAAGCUAUUAAUCUCGCGUUUAAAGAAGAAAAGUUUGAAUAAAUUAGUACAGAGUAGAAAAUAUGUUAGCCUACAUCGCUAGAUGACGUUCCAAAGCAGAAAAUAGCAGGAGAGGCUACGAUGCGUAAUAAAAGCAUAAUAUACUUAAUUUGCUCCUUUUUCGAUAUUUUUGAUUUUUUAAACUGACUAACUUUAACGAAAAAGAGCCUUAUGAUACUAAGCCAUCUGAGCAGAUUAUAUCAAUUGAUGAAAAAUUAGGAUAAGAUUAUAUAUACGCGGAAGCGUAACACACAAAUUAUCAGUCGAAGAAACACCAAGAUCUUGGAAAAGAUACUUUUACAAGAUUCAGAUUAAUAUAUACAUAUUGUAGGUAGAAUAAUAAAAAAUAUAUAUAUUGCCAUAUAUAUUAAUUAUGUGUAUAUAUGUUGGGACGAUAACAUAUGUAUAAAGAGAAUUUUUAUUAUGAAUUUCAGUACGUCUACUGAAAUAAAACUUUGUUUGAGAACUAUGUCCUGCACACGCUUUGGACAUAAUUUUAUAGUUUAACACUGAUUGUAAGAUUUUAUUAGACGACGCGACGCGCUGCAUGUCAACCGUGUCUAAACACACAUUAGACAAUUAUACCUAUAUUGUAGUUGCAUGGUGAACUGAGCUGAACAUAUUUUGUAUGCAAAGUGCAAAAUUGAGCUCUAUUGAAAUGCACCUUGCCUAGUUAAAAGCAAUGCAAAAUAUACAAAGUGAUAUGUACAACGUUCCCUUAAUUGAUAAAUAGACGUAUAAUUUUUAUUUGAUUGCUCCUAAAAUUUGUAACUGUAAUUAUACACUGUGUUGUAAGCAUAUAAUAUGUAUAUAUUAAAAAAUAUAAGCUAUAUUAAAAAAUAAUAUAGAUUAUAUUUAGUAAUAUAGUCAGGUCUCUAGUCUCUUGAAAUACAGCUCGUUAACCGAAUGCAAUCUACAUAAAGAUUUCUUUUGUUGUUACAAAUAGGCCAAGGCUGUCAAGAAAAAUAGUCGCCUUGGUCGAAAAUAAAUCUGCGAAAAUGAAUGAAUUCCGAAGCAAUCGACGAGAAUUUAUUCGACGCGAUUUGAAUUUUUGGAAUCAAAAGAAGACACUGGCUAAAAAUUCCGAUAAAUUUUAUUAAAAUUAUUUUUUGAAACAUUUUAAAUAUUUGUGUCUUAAUUUUGAGAUUAGAAAUAUAAUUCUACAGAAUGUAUUUUCGUCGAUUCUCUUUUAAUUCAUUGAUUUUUUUUCUCUUUAAGAAAUCUUGAAAUUUAUAGAUAAUUUUUUAGAAACAUUUUAGCUGAAAAAUUGUCUGUAAAAAUUGAGAAUCUUCUUCUCAAAAUAUACUAUUCGUGCGCACUGAAACAUUUUUUAUGUGUAAGAAAUUGCAUGAACUGUUAACAUACUAAUCUAAAACGCACAUAUUUUAUACUUGCCGUUUGUACAGAGCGACUUUGGCACGAUAAAAUCAGAGAUUUAAUUACACUUAAUUAACGCAUUAAUUCGUCGAAAUAAAGACUGAUCAAUUAAAUAGAGAAUUUAAAUGCAAAUCGAACAAAUUGGUCUUUAUCGUUCAUUCGUGACAAUGAUCGUCUCGUGCAACGGUCGAAGUUGCAACACGAUCACAUGCCAAUAAAAGCUCUGCCUCCGCUGCCAACAACACUUAAUAGUUAGCGACACAGAGGUCUAUACCAUACUAAAGUACAUGCCAUUGUACAUACAUGAAGGCAGUUAUAUUUGUAGAAAAUGUCGUGCUUCAUCGAAGGCAAUACUAAUACUGUGUCACCUAAUUGUGUAUCAAAUGUAGAAUUUUUCUGAUGUAGCGUCUAUGAAUUUUAUGGAGCAAAUUAGAAUUUAUUUUAAUAAA